AGUCACUGUCGCCAAAGCCCCCGCGACGAGUCGACCCGGCAGACCGCCGCCGCCGCCGCCGCCUCUCCUCGUUCCGGCCGAUUUGAAGCGAGCGCCAUGGCCGCGGGAGAGCAGCAGCCGCAACUCGGCGCCACGCGGGUCUCCUCGUCGUCCUCCACCGGCUCGGGGAGGCUCGUCACUCCCUUCUGGAAAGAGAAGUACGAGAGGGAUGCGAGGAGGUACUGGGACAUCUUCUACAAGCGCCACGAGGACAAGUUCUUCAAAGAUCGACACUACCUGGAUAAAGAAUGGGGGAAAUAUUUUGAGGGACAAGAUGGAGAGAAGAUGGUGCUGUUAGAGGUUGGUUGUGGAGCUGGAAACACAAUCUUUCCAUUGCUGUCCACAUUUCCUGAUAUAUUUGUUCAUGCCUGUGAUUUUUCUCCACGAGCUGUUGACUUGGUCAAGAAGCACAAGGACUUCAGACCUGACCGGUUAAAUGCAUUUGUUUGUGAUAUUACAUCAGAACAACUAACUGAGAACAUGGAACCUUCUUCUGCUGAUAUUGUAACAAUGAUAUUUGUGCUCUCUGCAGUUGCACCAGAUAAAAUGCCUUUAGUUCUGCAGAACGUUAGAAGUGUCCUAAAGCAUGGUGGCCGUGUUCUCUUUCGGGACUAUGCCUUUGGGGACCUUGCACAGGAAAGGCUUAUGUCAAAAGGCCAGCAAAUAAGUGGGAACUUCUAUGUCAGAGGUGAUGGUACGCGUGCAUAUUACUUUUCAAAUGAAUAUCUAGUCGACUUAUUCUCAAAAUGUGGAUUUACUCUUGAGGAAAUAUGUGUGCACAACAAGCAAGUUGAGAACCGUUCACUUGACUUGGUGAUGAACAGGAAUUGGAUCCAAGCUACCUUUACCCUCGAUUCAUCUGAUUCUCAAAGUCUGAAUGGUCAACAUGACCUCCACGUGUGUGAAGGAAAAGAGAAUAAGCUAGUUGCUGACUCUUCUAAGAAUAAAAGUAGUAAUGAAGAAAUUGAUCUUUCUGAGGAUUUCUGCAACAUGUUUGGGACAUCACACAACCUUAAUGAGGUACAAAUCAUUGCAAUCAAAGCAAAAGGUCACGACUUCAAAAUAAAAAUGCUCACGAAGGAAUACCAGCACACAUGCAAAUUAACUGGCUUGAUGCUUUGGGAAUCAGCUCAACUCAUGUGCAGUCUGUUAGCAGAGAAUCCUUCCAUUGUUGCAGGCAAAAGGGUCCUGGAGCUGGGCUGUGGUUCGGCUGGCAUCUGCUCAAUGGUUGCAGCAAGUUCCGCUCAGUUUGUUGUAGCUACAGAUGGGGAUGCAGAAUCACUGGACCUCCUUAGACAGAAUAUCUCUUCAAAUUUGGAGCCUAAUUUGCUCAACAGAAUUAUGAUUAGGAAGUUAUUUUGGGGUAACAAAGAUGAUUUGAGGGAGGUCAGAAAGCUUUCUGGCAAUGACACAGGUUUUGACUGCAUAAUAGGCACCGACGUGACCUACAAUCCAGAUGCUGUACUUCCUCUCUUCAAGACUGCCAGAGAACUCAUUUCUGACAAAGCUAAUGAGGAUGCAAGGGCAGCUUUUAUUCUUAGCUACAUUCAGCGCCGUGUUGAUGAGAAUUCUAUCCUUUCUAAUGCAAUGGCUCAGGGUUUCAGGCUUGUGGACAAAUGGAUAAAUGGAGUUCAUGACAGUAAUGGUAUUAUUAGCUCUUGGUUCUCUGGUAAUGAUGUUUGCAGCGCUUACCGAAACACAACACUUUCAAUAUUGUAUUUUGAAUUGUGAGAAAAAUGGUAUCUACCAGGAUUUCAUGGUUCCUGUGUAAACUGAAGAAUAUUUUGUACCAACUGUACUAAGCAAAGUGGGGAAAUGUUUUGCGAACUAUUCAACCAACUGGACUCUUACUGUUAAUCUGUUAUUCUUU